CCGGCGGCGGGGGGUAUGCGCAGAAGGCUAGAGGCUCCGGCAGCAUGCCGCGAGGGCGGAGAAGCCUGCGGGGCAAGGACCGGCCGGCACCCACGCAGUGCCUGCAGACCCAGUGCUUCGACCCGCUGGUCCGCAACUGUGUGGCCUGCAGUCUCCUCCGGACGACGGAGCCUAGGCUGGGCGGCCCAAGCAGCCUGGCGCCCGGGACGGCGCUGCAGCCGCAGGAGUCGGCGGGCCCCGGGACCCCCGCGGAGGCCGAAGCGGCGCUGCCGCUCCCGGCGCUGCUCUUCGGAGCCCCCGCGCUGCUGGGCCUGGCGCUGGCCCUGGCCCUGAUCGGGCUGGUGACCUGGAAGCGCCGGCGGCGGCAGCCGGGCGCGGCGGUGGUCCCUGAGGCUCCGGAGGCCGCGGAGGCCCCGGACGGAGACCCAGACAAGCCCCUGGAUGUUGACACCACCCCCGGAACCCUGGAUGCCACGGCUCCCAUCUGGCUUCUGCCCAGUGAAGACCCAGCGGCCACCCCACCUACCCACAGCGUCCCUGUGCCAGCCACAGAGCUGGGUUCCACUGAGCUGGUGACCACCAAGACGACCGGGCCUGAGCUACAGUAGCGACCGAGGAGGGCAGGAGGUGGCCCCCACCCUUUCUAUGGGCCACCAGCUGGACUCAAAGGUUGAAUUCAGUUCUUCACUCCGGUGCCCACUGUCCCUUCUGGAAGCUCCCCCGCUAACCCUGCAGAACUACAGACACCCAGACCACAGAGUUUGGACUGCAUGGCAUUGUACUGCGUGUUAGCAUCUGGCUUAAACUCAUACUGGGCUGCCCAGGUGGCGCUAGCGGUAAAGAAUCUUCUGCUAAUGCAGGAGACAUUAGGAGAGGCGGGUUUGAUCCCUGGGUUGGGAAGAUCUCCUGGAGGAGGAAAUGGCAACCCACUCCAGCACUCUUGCCUGGAGAAUCCCAUGGACAGAGGAGCCUGGCGGUUACAUUCCAUGGGGUUGCAAAGAGUUGGACACGACUGAGUGACCACAAAUACACAAAAUAAACUCAUACCAUCUGUCAUAGUCCUCAAAGGUAGUGGCUGAGCUCUGUGCUUUUUGAGUGGUUAGGAUACUCUGAGUAGAGUUUUUCUUUAAGCUUGGGGAAACCACCAUAAACCAGAAUGAAUCUAGGAAAGCACUGAGUAGGAGGAUGCUUAAUUUGUAGCCGGGUUGUGUUUAAUACUUGCUCUCAGAGCUGUCCCGCUU